AAAAAGUAUCAGGCAGAGCCAGGUAAGCAUAGUGCAAAUGGAGUUCUUGCAUUUCUCUCUCUACUGCUGGAAGAGAGAGAAAGUGAGAGAGAGACGGAGGAAAUGACAGACUGGCAAUAGGGAGGAGCCUUUGGAAUUUGGAUCUUCAAGAAAGAGAGACACUUUGGAUUUGGGCGCCAUGAGUCUCUUCGGUCUUGGAAGCAGAAACCAAAAAACAUUUCGUCCAAAAAAGAGCGCCCCAUCUGGAAGUAAGGGUGCUCAACUUCAGAAACACAUUGAUGCUACAUUGGGUAGUGGGAACUUGAGGGAAGCUGUUAAACUGCCUCCUGGUGAAGAUAUUAAUGAGUGGCUAGCUGUAAACACUGUGGACUUCUUUAAUCAAGUGAAUAUCCUGUUUGGUACGCUUACAGAAUUCUGCACGCCACAUAACUGUCCUACAAUGACUGCGGGGCCAAAGUACGAGUAUAGAUGGGCUGACGGUGUUACUAUCAAGAAACCAAUAGAGGUAUCUGCUCCUAAGUAUGUUGAGUAUUUGAUGGAUUGGAUUGAAUCUCAGCUAGAUGAUGAAACAAUUUUCCCUCAAAAGUUAGGGGCUCCCUUUCCGCCCAAUUUUCGAGAUGUUGUCAAGACAAUUUUCAAGCGAUUAUUCCGUGUAUAUGCUCAUAUUUAUCACUCACAUUUUCAGAAGAUAGUGAGUUUGAAGGAAGAAGCUCACCUGAACACUUGCUUCAAGCAUUUUGUUUUAUUUACUUGGGAAUUCCGUCUGAUCGACAAAGCAGAGCUGGCGCCUCUUGAGGACCUCGUUGAAUCUAUUAUAUAGUCUCAUAGUGGUGUUGUUCUUCCAUUCCUUUCCCAUCUCUGCCUUUCUUUUUGGGGGAGGAUAGAUACUGGAAUAUUGGGUAUACAUUUUUGUGCGCUUAUCUUAUACUUGUACAAUACUUGCUAAAUAAAAAAUCCUUAGCCACCCCUUGUAUUUGUCUCUCCAUUGUUGUGACGGCUGCUCAAUAAUCUUGUAAAUCAAGCUAAACCUCCUUCUGUGGCAAGCUAAGUAAU